UUUUAAUGGCCACAAGCCACACGUGUUUGUUGCUAGAAAAUUAAAAUAUUGAAAGUUACGUCUGUAUAACUUUUGUGAUUAAAACUUUCAGAUUAACGUUCAAAUUUGUUAAGAUUUGUAAAAUGGAAUAUAUGCCGGAGGAAGAAAAUCCGGAUUCGGCUAAUCAUCCGUCUGAGGCCAUUCUUUGCUGCGAAUGUGGCAUCCCCAUCGUGCCAAAUCCAGCAAAUACGUGUGUGAACUGUCUGAAGAAUAGGGUGGGAAUUAGUGAUGACAUUCCCAAACAGUAUACACUCUACUUCUGUAGGAACUGUGAGAGAUAUCUUCAACCUCCAAAUUCAUGGGUUAAAGCUUCUUUAGAAUCUAGAGAACUGCUUGCGUUAUGUCUUAAAAGAAUCAAAGGCAUUGAUAAAUCAGUUCGUCUGGUUGAUGCAGGUUUCUCAUGGACAGAACCACAUUCGAAAAGACUCAAAGUCAAAAUUACCAUUCAAAAAGAAGUCAUGCAGGGAGCAAUAUUGCAAGAGAAAUUGCUUAUAGAAUACGUGGUCAAUAAUCAAAUGUGUGAUGACUGCCAUAGGGUCGAAGCUAAAGAUUAUUGGAGAGCUUGCGUACAAAUUAGACAAAGGACAUCACACAAGAAGACAUUAUAUUACCUGGAACAGCUUAUAUUGAAGCACAAGGCACACCUUACGUGUUCCAAUGUUAAACAAGUUCAUGAGGGACUGGACUUUUAUUAUCAGAACCAACAAGAGGCAAGAAAGAUGGUCGACUUUUUGCAGGCUGUUGUUCCAUGCAGAUCCAACACAGCCAAAGAGUUGAUAUCUCACGACCAAAAGAGCAAUAUCUACAACUACAAGCAUACAUUUUGCGUCGAAGUCGUGCCGUUAUGCAAGGAUAAUGUCGUCUGCUUAACCCCGCAGUUCGCACGACAAUUAGGCAACAUCGGUCAGCUGUGUGUGGUCUUCAGAGUGACCAGUAUGAUCUACAUUAUCGACCCAACGACUUGUAAAUCAUCGGUCAUAAGGAGCGAUGUAUAUUGGAGGAAUCCAGUGCUGUCCAUAUGCCAUCCGAAGCAACUCACCGAGUUCAUCGUGACGCACUGCGAACUACUGGACGAUCGUCACUCCAAAGAGAAGAAAGGAGGUCAAGGCUGGGAAUCUAAUAAGCACAACUUGGGGCACGUGUGGUUGACGAAGACGAGUGAGUUAGGGGAGAUUGGCCAUCAGCAGUACCAGUGCAGAACCCAUCUCGGGCGUAUUCUCAAACCCGGUGACACCGUUCUUGGAUUUGAUUUAAAAAAUAUGAACAUCAACGACGACAAUUUUGAGAAGAUGAAUCCGAAGAAUUUACCAGAAGUGAUAUUGAUUAAGAAAUUAUUUGGCAAGAGGGCUAGUAGAAGGAUGUGGAAGUUGAAGCAUAUCACUGAUGACGUUGAACUGGACGCCGGAAGUAGCGCCGGAAGGGAUUUCAAUGAUUUCUUGGACGACUUAGAAGAAGAUGAACAAUAUAGAAAGAAUAUCAAUAUAUACCGGGAUAAAACUAAGUCUACGGUGCCUAAAACAGACCAAUCGGAUGAUGACGAAGAAAUUCCCGUGAUUUCAUUGGCUGAGAUGAUUGACGAAUUGCAUAUCGGGGAAGAUGCAACUGGCGGGGAGGGCGCCGACAUGAUCGAAUAAUUUUCAUCAUAAUUAUAACUCUAAUUAUUACUUGUAAUUACGGUUGUGACGUCAUCUUUAUCAUUGUCAUCUCCGUCGUCAUCAUCAUCACCACAGCGUAUAUCGUCACCACCAUCAAUUGCACUUCAAAAUGGUAUAAUUAAUGUGACAUGUCAUGAUAUGAUGACGUCGUCGUUGAUUGGGAUGAUGAUAAAGGUAGCGAGGAGUUUAAUAAAAAAA